AUGUCUGUCAACGUGCCUGUCAAUGACGCCCAAAAGGAAAAUGAUAUCAAUCUUAAAUUAAAACUUUACGGAAUGUACCAAGCUUUCCAAGCUGGAAAAGUUCCAUCUAAUAAUCAAAUCGAUGUUGCCCUCAACAGUUUCCUGGAGUCGAAGGCUCUCAAAUCGCCAUCCAAAAGACUUUCCGAUGAAGGUCAAGAAUUAGCUCAACAAUUUCGUUCCGUGGUCGAACAGGCAAAACUCCUUCUUCUCACCAAGAACAGAGACGAACUUUUCCAAGAUUUUGUUUGGCAAUGUGAGCGUCUUGACGGCGGAGCAGCAGCCGUUCCAGGAGCUCCUGUUGAUCAGGCAACUGCCAAACAACACGGUCAAGAGGCAAAGGGAGGCCUCAAGACUCUCGGUCAAUUAAUUCUAACCAAUGGACAAUUCCGCAAGCUUUUGAAUGACGCUGUCGUCCUUUUACGCGAUAUUGCUGGUGACGCUGCUAGUAAUGCCGCUGGCAGGCUAAACCCAUCUGAAGAUCAAUUGAAUCAAAUUGAUCGUCCCGCCGAUGAUAAUACCUGGCAUGAAAAUCCAAAUGUUUCAGCUGGUAACAUGAAGAAUCAGAUGAAGCAAAAAUUCCAAAAGAAUCAACCCAUCGACAAAAACGAUGUCAAGGAAGCCGUUGGCGAUGCUAAUCAACAAGCUCACCCAAGUGGAUCGCGUGACCCAGCAGAUACUGCUCAAUUGGCUGGUCGUGAUCAACAAUACGACACUGCCUCUGGAAUCGAUGGCCAGGCUGGUGCUCAAGCUGGUGCAAAUGCCCUGAAGCAACGUGCUUCUGAGAACAUCCCCGAGGAGACUAAAGAACGAGGCCGUGAGACGAGAGAUAGAACCAAGAACUACCUUCAAAAAAAAUUACCCGAGGAACGCCGUGAUAAUAUUAUUCACAGACUUAAGAAGAUGGUUGUGGAGAUCCAAGGUCAUCCAGAUUAUAUGCAAUCUAUCGACACUCUUCUCGACUUAGCCGAGCAGUAUGGGGGACAUGCACACAAUCUGAGCCAAUCCGGAUCUGGUGCCGUUAAAGGUGCACAUACCGACAGCGCUCUAAAGACUGCGGAGAAUGAUUUGAAAACGCUCCUUGAGCGUUUUGCAAAUUACACAUCAAGCGAUGAUUUAAUCGAUUCGAUCAACGCUAUCUAUCGAGAUGCUGAUUCGGAUCCAGAGUUGAAGAAAUGGUUCCAGCAGAUGAACGCCUUCGUUCGCAAGUGUCUGAAGGAGCAAGGUUAUAUUCUGGAAGACAGCUCCACUCAACAUUGGAACGAGCUCUACGAUAGAGGCAACUUUCUUCUCAGAGAUCGCUACAGACCUCAUACUAAUCGCAUCAUUGAUGAGAUUAAAUUCUUCGGAAAUGAAUUCGAUAACGAUGAACAGAACAAGCGCUUCGCAGAAACCUGCCAAAAGUUCUUCAAUGCCUUGGGCCACGACAGUAGUGGUAACAUUAAAUUCAAGAGUCAUUUGCUUUUGGAUCUAUCCAAUGUCAUUAUCCCUGCGGCUCUCGAGAGAAUCCGAUACACACCAAUUCCCAGAAUCGAGUACAGAGAUGGACAAAAGAUGGAAAUUGUCAUCGAGAAUCUAGUAGUUGAGAGUGAUAAUCUCAUGCCUAACUUGCUCGAUAUUCAACAUGAAAGCUCCUUUAGAUUCGGCCGCAAGGGUUUCCACAACUCACAGAAAGGCUCAUUCUUCAUUGCAGUUCAAGGCAUCCAGAUGGAUUUAAAAGAUAUAUCUUAUUAUAUCAAGAGAUCUGGUGGUCCUUUCAACCACGACGAGGGUAUUCUCGAUAUCUACCUCGGGGGUACCGGACUCAGUUUCGACAUCAAAUUGACUGCAAUCAAUUCAGAGGAGAAGAAUCGUCAAAACUUCUUGAGAUGUGACAGCGUCAAAGUUAACAUGAAGAAAAUCAAGCUUAAGAUCAAGCAAUCAAGACACAAGGCGUUGCUCACCGUUGGAAAGUCAUUGGCGCUCAAACCUCUUACAAAAGCUGUUUGUAAGGCUAUCGAGUUGGCCAUCAAGCAGAAGGUUGAAGAAGCCGAUGGAUUCUUAUUUAGAAUCAAGCAAGAAGCCGAUAGAGCUCAAGAGGAGGCCAAAAAAAAUCCAGAGAAUAUCCCCAACAUUUACAGACAAUAUCUUUCUGCUUUCCAACGACAAAUGACCAAGGGACAGGAGAAGGCACAAAAAGCACAAGCAUCCGUGGCAGAUAAGCAAUUCAAUAUGCCUAUGACAAUGGACGAUUCGAUUAUGCCUCACGUUAUCUUGCCAGGUGGAAUCUCAGCCAAGGCAACCGAGCAUAAGAAUAAUGCUAGACAAGGCGCUGAUUGGAGAUCACCUGUCUUUGAUAUUGGAAGUGCCAAAGGAUCUACAAGUCUUCCCAAACCAAAGGAAAUCUCAAGAAAGCCACAUUCGGUUACUCAAGGUGGCGUACGAGGUCCACAGAACACAGGUAACACAAGUACUCAGGGUGCUCAACAAGGCUAUGGUCAACAAGGCUACGGUCAGCAAGAUUAUCCUCAAGGUACUGGACAGAACUAUGGAAAACCAGGAUAUGGCCAGCAAAACUUCAAUCAACAAGUUGAUGCUGCUUUCGAUAACACCGGCGCAGGUGUGCUUCCCAGCACUACUGGUGUAGGUAUCUUACAGGGUCAAAGUGCUAGCAACGGUGCUGUUGGCAAUGGCGCUUCAAACCAAAAGAAUGUCCUUCCUACCAAUGGAAACACUCAAUUGGGAUCCAACAACCCAGUUUUACAAGGUAGAGUUUAA